AUGUCGCGCCGUCGUCCGACUACCCGCCUUGGCCGGCAGAAGAUCAAGAUCCGCAGGAUCGACAGCGAUCAGGCCCGGCAAGUCUGCUUCUCGAAGCGGCGCGCGGGCCUCUUCAAGAAAGCCGGCGAGCUGUCGGUCCUGUGCGGCGUCCAGGUGGCCGCCGUCGUCUUCUCCCCCGCCGGCAAGGCCUACUCCUUCGGCACCCCCUCUGUCGACGCCGUCCUCGACCGCUUCCUCGGCCGCGGCCGCCCCGCCGCCGGCACCGGCGGCCGCCGGGCCGCCGCCGGCAAGUCGGCGGUGAUUGAGGAACUGUUCCGGCAGUACGCCGAGCUCCUUGUGCAGGUGGAUGUGGAGAAAAAGCGCGCGGAGGCCCUGCGCAAGGAGCUGAAGGCGGCCGCGGCCGCGCCCGGCGCCCCCAAGUGGCUGGACUGCGAGUGCGAGCUUAGCGAGCUGAGCGAGGCGGAGUUGGUCGACUUCGCUGCGGCCCUCGUCGAGGUGCAGGCUGCUGUGCAGGGCUGCGCCGACGAGAGGCUCCGCCAUGCCCUACUCGCCAACGCCAACACCUGGGCGGCCAACGUUAACGCCGCCAGGGCUACUGAUGCCAUUACUAGUGCUGCUGCCCGCAUGAUGAUGAUGCCGCCACAGCCGCAGCAACAACUCGGCGGCUUCGGAUUCAUGGAGAUUCAGGCCCAGCAGCUGCAGGCCAUGGAGAUGAUGAUUCAGGGGUUCGGCCCGCAGCAAGGCGCCAGGUUCCUCGGGCCGCCACCGCCCUACUGA